AUGACGAGUUUCAAUCAUUACGCACUGGGCUCUAUCAUAAAUUGGCUGCAUAAGACUGUCGCUGGUGUGAGUCCGUUGGAGCCUGGGUGGCGGAAGAUCCUCAUACACCCGUUGCCAGGUGGGACGGUUACGUCUGCUGAAGCAGUGUAUGAUACUCCAUAUGACCGAUUAGAGUGUCGCUGCUGUGCCGCCCAAUUCGAUGGUGAAGGUGAUCCUUCCAUCUGGAGUAUCGAAGAUGGGAAGAGGUGA